UUAUGAGGAGAGGAUCCGGAUCCGGAUCCGGUCACUCAACCUUUCCUUCUUUUUCUUGGAAGUUUCGUUUCAUCUUACACGCCCUUGACUUCACAUUGAAGUCUCUACCUAUUUCUGAGAGCCUCUUCCUCUUCCUCUUCUGCUCAUUCUUCAUUCCAUCAGCGAGCUAAGCCAGAUUCCAUGGCCAUCCAAUUGAGAGACUCUUCGUCUUUCUCCUCUGCUCCUUCCACCCGUUCACAGAGACAUGAUGUGUUUCUGAGUUUCAGAGGCAAGGAUACACGAUACGGUUUUACAGGUCAUUUGUACAACAGUUUGGUUCGAAAGGGGAUCAAGACUUUCAUAGAUAAUGAUCUUACAAGAGGAGAGGAAAUAUCACAAGCACUUCUCCGAGCCAUUGAAGAAUCAAAGCUCUCUCUCAUUGUCUUCUCUGAAAACUAUGCAUCCUCAAAGUGGUGUUUGGAAGAACUGGUUUAUAUCCUUGAAUGUAAAAGAUUAAAGAACCAAAUGGUUCACCCAAUCUUUUACAAAGUGGAUCCCUCUGACGUAAGACACCAAAGUGGUACAUUCGGUAAGGCACUUGCACCUCUUGAACUCAGAUUCAAAGAUGACAUAGGCAAGGUGUCCGGAUGGAGAGCAGCUCUUUGUGAAGCGUCAAAUUUAGCUGGGUGGACUUUCUCCAGCGGGUAUGAAUUCACAUCGAUUGAUAGAAUUGUUGAAGAAAUUUCAAACAUUUUCCCACCAGAACCUACCUAUUUGGGUAUGCCAAAGUGCCAAGUUGGGUUAGACUCUCGGGUAGAACAUAUGCUUGAAAUGUUAGAUGUGGGGGGAAGUGAUGUACGCAUGCUAGGGAUAUGGGGAACUAGCGGAAUAGGGAAGACAACAAUUGCUAAAGCUGUUUACAAUGCAAUUGCACAGAAGUUUGAUGGUUGCUGUUUUUUGGAAAAUGUUAGAGAAUGUUCAGAGCAACAUAGAGGUUUAGCCGACCUACAGAGAAUUAUUCUCUCUAAGAUUGUGAGAUUGAAAGAAUUGGAAAUAAACAAUGUUGAUGAAGGAAUCACUUUAUUGCCUGAAAUGUUGAGACAUAAAAGGAUUCUCUUAGUUCUUGAUGAUGUGAAUGAUUCAAACCAGCUAGACAAAUUAGCCGGAACUUCAGACUGGUUCGGUCAUGGUAGCAGGAUUAUCAUAACAACAAGAGAUAAGCGUCUGUUGACUGUUCACGAUAUCAAUCUUAUAUACGAGGCCAGGAAACUAGAUCCUGAUGAAGGUUGUAAGCUCUUCAGUUCAUAUGCCUUCAAGACUAAGAGCAACAGUCUAGACGACAAUGAGAAGCUCUUAGUUAGUACUGUUGUUAAAUAUACUCAAGGCCUUCCAUUAGUGCUGAAAGUUUUAGGUUCACAUUUAUGUAGAAUACCGUUACAUAAAUGGCAAGCUAUGAUAGAAGGUUUUAAAAGAAAUCAUCUCAAAGACGUUACAGAUAUUCUCAAAGUCAGUUAUGAUGGACUGGAAAAAACAGAGAGAGAAGUGUUCCUCGACAUUGCGUGUUUCUUCAAUGGUAGGGAUACAAAUGAGGUGAUACAAAUACUUGAAGGUUGUAACCGCACCAAUCCUGAGCAUAGUAUUGAAAUUCUUGAAGAUAAGGCACUCAUAAAUGCUUCUGAAUGUGGUCGAAUAAGUAUGCAUAAUUUGCUAGAAGAGAUGGGAAAACAAAUAGUUGAUCAAGAGUCAAACAUGCCCGGACAGCGUAGCAGAUUAUGGUAUCACGCUGAUCGUCCUCCAAGUUCUAACAGAAGACACAGGAACAAGUACAAUUGAAGGCAUAAUUGUAAAUAUGCCUAUAACAGAUGAGAUACGGCUGAGUCCUAAAUGCUUCAAAAAUAUGAAAAAUCUUAAAAUCUUUGUAAACGUCAAUGGGCGGUUUGUUGGAAAGGUCAAGCAUUACCCGAAUCAGUUGCGGUUACUUGAUUGGCCUAAAUGUCCUCUAGAAUAUUUGCCCUCCGGUUUUGAUAUGAAGGAAAUGUUGCAGCUUAAUAUGCCUAACAGCCGCAUAAGACGUCUUGGAGGGGUAUUCAAGAGUAUGCAGAAUCUUACAUCCUUGAAAUUGAGCGGAUGCAAAUUCCUAACACAAAUCCCAGACAUGUCUGGAAGCCCAAACUUAGAGUUCUUGGAUCUAAGUUUCUGUUCAAGUUUAGAGGAGGUUCACCCUUCGGUUGGAUCCCUCGAAAAGCUGGUUACGCUGAAUCUUUUCAAAUGCUGUAACCUUGUGAAGCUGCCUCCAGAAGUCAACUGGAGAUCCCUCCAAAUACUUAUUCUCAACUUUUGCAGUAAGCUGGAGAGUUUCCCUGAAAUUGUGGGAGAGAUGAAAUGCAUGACAUCCUUGACUCUACAGUGCACUGGCAUCAAAACAUUGCCGUCAUCCAUUCGGUAUCUAAUCAACCUUACACAGUUGAUAUUCCAUCACUGUGAAAACCUCACAGAUAUACCUCGCAGCAUUUAUGAACUGCAAAAGUUGAAGGACUUUGAGUUGGUGGAGUGCCCAAAACUCAUAACAUUCCCAACUAAGGUGGACUCACCUGAAUACUGUGAUUAUUUACCAAGAUGCAAUUCAUCUAAAAUUGAUUUCAUGUGGGAGAAAUUAUUUGCUGUGGCCGGAACAAUUUGGUGUCCCCGACCACUUAAAACGCGACACGUGUCCAGCUGAGAAAUUGAUAGGAUUGUGAGUUGAGUUUGACGGUUCCGUCUUCUGCCGUUUAGAAUAACCGUAUCUGACCUAUAAUCGUAUUAGAGAAGACCCUCAACUAGUCUCAGAUCUAUAUUCAAAGAAAGGGCUGAAGCAAGAGAAGAAACCGCGAUUCUCUCACAAGAGAACUGCACAAGGCGGCGCCGGUAAAAAUCGCCGUUUGCGAGUUUU